AUGUCCCAAAUGCCGGUGAUAACAAAAUUCAAGGCUGCUCCUUUAACGGACCCUUCAAACUACAUCAAAACUUAUCGGCUCACUUAUCUCCAAGACGGGAAGCCACGAUACUGGGAUGGCGUCUUAUCCCAUGACAGCGUUAGCAUUCUCCUCUAUCAUGUGCAGAAGUCUUGCCUUCUUUUGGUCAAACAAUUCCGUCCUGUGAUAUACUUCAACAAACUUCGUGAGGCGACCGGAAAAACGAGGUUGGAUGAUGACGAGGUGUUCUCUUGCACAACUGUCCCUCCUAACAGCGCCAACACAUUGGAAUUAUGUGCCGGUUUGAUUGAUGGUACAGACUCAGAUCCAAAGGAGGUUGCUGCUCGAGAAAUACUCGAAGAAUGUGGGUUUUCAGUAGAUCCAUCUUCACUACAGCUUAUAGAUAGUUUUCACUCUGGAGUCGGUCUCUUGGGUAACAGAAUGACAAUGUUCUACGCCGAACUGAAUGAGUCUCAACGUGUCCCUGGUGCUGGUGGAGGCCUGCGGGAUGAAGGCGAAUGCAUAGAACUUAUUGAAUGGCCUAUUGCGAAAAUCGAUACACUCCUUGGUCCUAAUCCAGAACGCCCGCCUUGCUCAACCUCCCUUUUAUAUGCUAUCAGCUGGUUCAAACUGAACAAGUAUCCACACAUUCGCUAGCAUUCUUUCAUAAUCAGAAUAGACUACCUACUCGAAUAUUUCUGACACCGCGUUGUGUCAGCAUUGUAUCAACAUCAGGGCAAUAUAUUCUCCAUACAUCGAUUGCGCUAUCCUUUUUAUUCUCGCU